UAGAAGUUUGGCCUUUAUAAACUGAGGACAUAAAUGCACACCAAGGCCUACAGUACAUGCUGCAUUUUGAUCAAAUAUGAAGGUAGUACUUGUAGCAUGCUUGUGGGUUCUUUUGUUUUAUAGCGUAAAUGGUACAGAAAAGGAAGUCGUUCGCAAUAACAUAUCUUCUACGGAUCAAGGAAAGAAAGCAACAAGAAACGGAACUGUCAAUAGUAUUGUAAUCGACAACAAAGGAAAAGACAAUGGAGGAGGUGGAUAUGGAUGGGGGUUUGGUUGGGGAUGGGGUGGUGGAGGAGGUGGAGGAGGCGGCGGAGGAGGAGGCGGGGGAAAAGGAAGUGGUGGUGGUGGAGGUGGUGGAGGAGGAGGAGGAGGUGGUGGAUGGUGGAGAUGGGGAUGCAGGAAACACCCAAGAAAGAGAAGUGGCAGCCAUAGUCGUCAUCAUGGUGAGCACAGAGAGUUUACUCCAAUCGGGGAAAACUAUUACGUGACCGGGGAAUUUGCAGAGUGCAUGGGAGGAGGGCGGUGCAGAGGAAUGAGAUUGGACUGCCCUCUUCACUGCGCCGGCCCAUGCUUCUACGACUGCACAUAUAUGUGUAUACCUCACUGCCGCAAUCGCCGCCACCACCGGUAACCUCCUCCGGCAGUUCCUGUUAUGUUUUUUUCUUUGGUUUUCUUCAUGUUUGUGUCAGAUUCCCCCACUGGAUUGCAAAUGUAGUUGAUUUUCUUGUUCCAUUAUUCUUGGAUUUCAUGAUUAGGGUUUUUUCGUAGUGCGGUUAUUUUGGUUUGUGGCGAGCACCACUUUUAUAGUGGUUUUAGACUUUUAGUUAAUAUAGAUCUCAUUCAUUUGACCAUGUUGGUGUAAAGUGUAAUGGUUUCGCUUUUGAUCAAUUGAGUUUUCCAAAAGUUAGCCUA